UUUGUAUAUAAAUGAUAUCAAUUCAGGUGAUCCGAUAUUAAAGAGGCAAUCGUUUAUAAUUGAGCCGGAUGAAGAUAUUUGACUGUUUAUUUUUCGCAUACAUUUUGCAGAAUUUGUGGACAGUAAAAUAAAAUAAAACUAUUGAUAAAUACGGAAAUAGAUAAACAACAACAAUAAAACUGUGAUUUAAGAUAUAUGAUUUAAUUAAAAGAAGAAAAUCACAGCAAAUAUGGCGAGUGCUAACGCAGAACAAAAUGAGCAACCGUCAGAAUUUCGGUACGACUUGGGUUUUACAGCGUAUCCGGUACAGACAUCAGAUACAUUAACAAACGGUGGACUACCUUACCACGACUAUGACUGGACUCAAACACCAGAGGCCAGUAGUGGGACUCGAACUAUGUACCACAUCCCAGAAACGAUUGACACCACGUACAGUUCAUACAUGGGGUACCCAGGUGUCCACAGCGAGGUUGGUUUAAUGACGACACCUACGUAUAUUCCGGCGGCAGAAAUGUCGUUUUCUACACCGUUGUCACAUUUACCAUAUUCAGCGCACGAGAACUAUUAUCAUUCGGCAUACAGCUCGGUCUCGCCGACAAGUAGCAACGGAUCGAGCGGCUCGACGGGCACAAACAAUGGACAGAAACCUAAACGUAAACGUGUGCAGUCAAUGAUGCAACGUAAGGCCGCUAACGUCAGGGAACGUCGACGCAUGUUUCAUUUAAAUGAAGCCUUUGACGAAUUGAGAAAACGGCUACCAGCGUUUAACUAUGAGAAAAGAUUAUCGAGAAUUGAAACUCUAAGACUUGCUAUGACAUAUAUUGCGUUUAUGAAAGACGUUUCAGAUGGGAAAGAACCAGACAAUGUUAAGUUAUUAGAAAUUCAAAGAAAGUCGGAACAGUUGAUGGAAGACAAUGAUGUCAGUGAUGUAGAUUUAGAAGAUUAAAUUAUUUUUGGGACAGAAAACAUUUUGGUCGGACUCCUACAAAGUGCAAUGUGAUAUAUUUGUGUUCAUUUUGAAGUUUUAUUUUGUUUUGUUGUAUAUAUAUUAGACAGUUGAUUUUUAAUUGAUAUAUCAUGUUCAUUUAUGUGUUCAGAAUGAUUUAAGCGGACUGGGCUCAAGUUACGGAGGGAUUUUAAAGGAUUCGUGCUUUUUCUUUUUCUUUUAUUUCUAAUAUUUCACAAAUGAUUUAAAUCCAUUUGUAUAUCUGUUAUAUAAAAAAUGUCAUCAAAUGUAAAUUUCAAAGUACCGUCUGUAUUUUCCUUGUUUUAGGAUUUUAGAAUAAUGUAUAUAUUUAAAGUGAAAAAAAGUAUAACGAAACUAUCAAAUUUACUUCGUAUCCUUGAAGAUCGUAACUGAUGAAUGAUAAAUAGCCAAACUGAUACUUUUCUAAAGUUGAUGCAUAUGUUUACACUAAAUGCUGCAUUGUAAUUAUUUUUAUUCUUUUUACAAUAAUUUACUUUUUCAGAUAAAAAAGAUUAAAGCGUCUCAAAAAUUGAAGGCUGAAUUAAAAUGGAAAUUUUAUUUUGACAUACGCCGGGUUCUUUUUCCACUUGUAUAGAAUACUAGACCAAUACAAUGCUUUGAAAUUGUACAUCUUAGUUUUAUUUAAAGUUAUGAUGUUCCUAAUAGAAAAUUUUGCUGUUAGUUAAAACAAAUCAUUUUACACCGAUAACAGAGAAAAGUCUUGCAAUUGUGCUAAUGUUUUUUUUUUAUCAUUGUUAAUAUCCGACUACAAAAAAUGGCUACACAAUCAAGUUUAAGCGUUCUCAUGUGGUACACAAAGAUGAAUCGUAAUAUAAAGAAAAACAUGUUGAGAUUUCAAGAUUUUGACGGCUAAACGUAUUAUUUUUAUAAGCAACUACUGAACAAUGUUUGAAUGUUACUAUUUGUAACAAGCAUUUUGAACGUAUAUAGUAUUUUUUUUUUUCAAAUUGUAAUGUAAUUGAAAAAAUAUAGAAAUUCUACAGGAAAAUCUGUGCAAUCAUGAAAUCUCAACCUUUUUGUGUUACUUUGAGGCGAAGAAAAAUUUGAAAUUGAAUUAAAAUUUACUUGUGUAAUUACUGUCUUCCAUGAUGAAUUGUCUUCCUUUAUUGAUCUCGAGGCAAUAAAAAAACAUGAAAUGAG